AAAUAAUUCGUUUGAACCAAAAGAGGGGGCACCUAUAAAACCAUCCGGACCGCAACUGGUUCGGGUGAUUCAGUGUAUAUUUGUUUAUUCAGUGACACCUGCAGAAGUAAAACCAGAAAAUUCAAUUUGUGACCAUGAAACUGUACGUUGUGCUCCUAGUUGUUCUUGUGACACUACUAAGUGUGGUCUAUGGAGCUCCAUCGAAAGGUUCGACCAAAGCGUCUUUAAAAAAGAAACAGUCGUGCGUAAAAGACUGCGGGGACACCUACAAGCCGAUAUGUGCCGGAGAUGGUUCGAAGAAUAUCAGUUUCGGAAGCGAGUGUGUCUUAGCCAAUUACAACUGUGAAAAUCAAAAAGAUUUAAGACUGGUGUCCCAAGGAGAAUGUCCGGGAGGUGGAGGAGUUCGACUCUCGUAAAAGCCAAACUAGCCCCCCCAUGACUUGAUGAUCAAUAUUUGUUUUUUAUAAAAAUAACCCAAUAUAUGCAUUAUUCAACUUC